GGCAUCAGUCAACCUAAGUUAGCUCUUGAGUAACCCCCAGAGCAAGCAAUUAAACUGUCAUUCCCAAACGACCAGACAAGUCGCGCGUUCACCAGUUGCACAAAUUAUGCAUAAUUGCUGCCCGGCGGCCCCGAAGCCCUACCAAUUACCAAGCGCGUUAGCCACAAUUUUGCAAGUAAGUCGUACGCUUAAAGCUGCUAGCUGCCCCACGUCGCGCGAAUCUUUUGCCUCCACUCAAGCAUCACUCGCUCGCUUGAGCGGGCCUCGACGCAAUGGCAGACCCAGCCGGCGAUCCCUUCGAUGACGCGCCUCCCGAAGUCAAGGAAUACAUUUCCAAAGGACCCGAUACUAUCCAUCGAUGGUUUCGAAGCAAACUACUGGGAAGCCGCCCCCGCCCCCGCGACCGCGACACCAAGAUCCGGGAACUGGAGGAAGAAAACAGAAGCCUUAGAGAGCGGGCUGAAAAGCAGGCCGAGAAGCAGGUUGAGGAGAUCAGACGGCAGGCUGAAAAGGAGGCUGAGGAGAUCAGACAGCAGGCUAAGAAGGAGGCUGAGGAGAUCAGACGGCAGGCCGAGGAAACACUGCGCCAAAGCAGUCAGAAAAAUAAAGCUGGGACCAGUGAGCAGGCUGGGCAGCGUGCCGAGAACAUCGAGAGACAGCUGUCCGAACGGCACGCUAAAGAGAUCGAGAACCUCCGGGCCGAGAACGAUCUGCGGGUCAAACAGCAAGCCGAGCAGCUAGCCAAGCGGAUAGAGGAACUACAGGCCAAACUCGAGCUUCGCCAACAGAAUACGACUGGGACUGAUGCAGUCUUCGGGGCACCUGCAUUGGGCCCUUUGGCCCCCUCGGUUGCGUCAUCAACGCCCAGCAGCGAGCAAUUAGAAAGUAGCGGCAGCCAUGCCAGUUCCGCCAGCACUUCCAGCAGCCCCCCUGGCGAAAGCCAGCCUGAUGCACCUCCAACAAAACCCGCACCACAUGAGGUCGACCUCGCCCCUGGAGGUUUCCUCCCGAUUAAUUCACCGCCAGGCGAUGCUUUCGCUGCAGGCAGCAAUCCCGAACCACAGUCGGCGUCUAGCAGUCCCGCUCAGCAUGCAGCCAGGCCUCUCGGCCUCGACGUCGAUAUGCCCGACGCCGCCGAUGCCGUGUCCGCAGGCAGCAAUCCCGGAGCACAUUCGGUCCCUGGGGUGGUUGUUGUUAACCACUUGCACGAAAACCAGCCUGAGUGCGACAUGGUUAACGGCAAUAACUUUCAUGACGACGGCCAGCGUGGAGACGACGACCGGUCCAAGGGCAAUAACCGGCCUGGAGCUGAAAUUCAGAGUCGGCCAUGCAAAGAAUCGGCUCUCGCCUCGCCUGGAACCCCGCUCCCUGAAGGCCUGCGGAAGCCAGCCAUGGAUGUUUCAGAAAUGGGACAGAACCUUGCUACAAUCAUCUUGCAAAAGAUACAGCUGCCCGAGUUCGACGGCACGAUCUGCGUCAAAGGAUUGGAUGACAUUGAUUUGGCAGGAAAAAUUCGAAAGCCAGAUUCUGAGUGGGAUCUCCUUAGUGUCCAGUACAGCCACCGAAAUGGGGCCUGCAGGCUAUUCGUUGCCAAGGAUGCGCAUGAGUUCAAACUACCCCAGUUUCCACCUUCAACGGUUCAGCCUCCGUCCCAGGAGGAAAUGGAAGCGUACAUCGAGGACAUUUGCACCAAUCCACCGAAAGAACCUCUCUCCUACUAUGUCGGACCUUCUCUUACGAAAGACGGCGUCCCUCCACCCCAGCUCGACAGCCUGCUCGACGCCGGCGAGCUCAACAAGCUACCAGAAAUGCGAUCCCGGGCACUAGACGGUAGCACCCCCUCGGAGGAGCUCCAAAUCCAAGGUGUAACAUCCCAUUACUGGCAUGUGGGCGUCCUCAACACGGGUACUGCCUGGCACAAGGAGGAUUGGCACUUCUGGUCUGUCAAUAUCACCAUCAAAGGCAUCAAGAUAUGGAUGAUUGUCGAUCUAGACCACUCGGUAAAGUUUGAAGACACCCCGAUCAACACAACAUAUGACACCAUGUCCACCCCGGACCAUUACCUUGUGCGGUCCACAAAGGAAAGCACCAAGGGUGGAAAAAGACACGGCCGGAAAACAGCGCAUGGUCGAGUUGGAGCAAAACGAAACCGCAGGACUCCGGAGGUCUUCAAGAAUUACGGACCAAGCGACCUCCAAUCUCGCCAAGUCUGGCGGAACUGGGAGCAAACGAUCAAGGCCGAAAGGAGACGAGUCAAUAUCUAA